AUGGCGAGAGGGUACCCGGACGUGCCGGGGCUAUGGAACACGGAGCAGGUGGAGGCGUGGAGGCACGUCGUUGACGCCGUGCAUGCCAGGGGCGCCGUCUUCUUCUGCCAAAUAUGGCACACCGGCUGCCUACACAUUCCUAUCUCUUGGCUAUUCUCUCUCUUGUCAGUUAAAGUCCAGUUGGCUUGCUGCAAGAAUCAAGAUGGAUAUGAGUUCCAGCCUAAUGGGAAUGCACCCAUCUCAAGCAGGGACAAGCAAGUUACCCCCCAGGUCAGCCAUGACGGACAGGUUCUUGAAUUUGCUCCUCCCCGAAGGCUGAAAACGGAGAAGAUCCCAAAUAUCAUGGACGACUUUCGUAUUGCCGCCAGAAAUGCCAUCAAAGCUGGUUUCGACGGAGUUGAGAUCCAUGCCGCCAACGGGUACCUGAUCGACCAGUUCAUGAAGGACAGCGUCAACGACCGGACCGAAGCGUACGGCGGCGGCAUCCAGAACCGGUGCCGCUUCGCCGCGGAGGUGAUCGCGGCGGUGGCCGACGAGAUCGGCGCGCACCGCCUCGGCGUGCGCCUCUCCCCGUUCGCCGACUACAUGGACUGCCACGACUCCGACCCGGUGGCGCUCGCCCUGCACGUGGUCGGCCUCAUGAACGACCUCGGCGUCCUCUACUGCCACAUGAUCGAGCCGAGGAUGUGCGUCGCCGCCGCCGGUGACCGGGACCCCGCAGCACGGCAGCUGCUCCCGUUCAGGAAGGUGUUCCGGGGCAAGUUCAUGGUGAACGGAGGGUACGACCGGGAGGAAGGCGAGAGGGCGGUCGCCGACGGCUACGCCGACGUGGUUGCGUACGGGCGGCUGUUCCUGGCCAACCCUGACCUGCCGGAGAGGUUCAGGAGGAAGGCCGGUCUGAACAAGUACGACAGGAGCACGUUCUAUACCUCUGAUCUUGUGGUUGGCUACACCGACUACCCGUUUCUGGAUGAUGAUACUGUAUCACAGGUACCGGCUGGUUGAAUUCUUCCAUGCAUCCUGAAGCAGUGUUGCGCGAAAGUCGGCCCUAUCAACCGUUUAGUCGGCCCUAUCAACCGUUUAGUCAGCCGUCUAUAUGGAAAUGAUGACCGAUCCAUAUUGUAUCGCCGAGUCGUAGCACCAGCAAAUUUCAGUAAAACUAUACAACCAAAUGACGCGAUUAAUUGGUUAUAUUUAGUAUAAUAAGUCUAAUUAACCUUAAAGUGUGUUUAGUAAACUAUUGUAGCCUUAUAGCACGGUUGUGCUCGCUUCCAUAGACAA